ACAGAGCCACCAAAAAUGACAACAGCAGCGAGACCGACGUUUGAGCCAGCGAGAGGAGGGAGAGGGAAGGGAGAGGGCGAUCUCAGUGCGUUGUCCAAACAGUACUCAAGCCGAGAUUUGCCUGGUCACACUAAGAUCAAAUACAGGUGAGUGACACAACACAACCUAUCCUAACCUAUCUUUGCCCUUGUGGCUAAGUGUUGCACCAGUAGUUGGGAACAGGUCCCUCUGGUUAAAGAUAAAGUGCUGUCUCAUCCAGAAUGUCUCCCUUUGUGAUCCCUUCAGGCAGCUCACCCAGGAUGCCCCCGAGGAGGUGCGUGCCCGGGACUUCCGCAGGGAGCUGGAGGAGAGGGAGCGUGUUGCUGUCCGGGAGAAGACUAGAGAGAGGGGACCUAGAGGUGAGUCUCCAGGCAUACACAUAAACCCAGAUCCGAGCUAAAUAUUGACCUGAACGUAAAUGUGUCUAACUGUGUGUAAAGAAGAUCAACAAGAUUUUUUGCAUCUGACAUACCAUUAUGGCCAAAGUCUUUUUUUAAUUUUGUUUUGUUGACAUGAGUCAUCUGCAGGGGAUUUCAUCUCAAGCCAGCAUCAUUAAAAUUGUGGUUUGUCUCUUUUAAAUGUUCAGAACACACCACAUCCUCGUCUUCGUCCUCAAAGAGGCCCAGACUAGAUCAGAUCCCUGCUGCCAACCUGGAUGCAGAUGACCCUCUCACUGACGUAGGUGCCACCUGUUCAUCCACCAGUCACAUCAAAGUCUGUGUUUUUUUUUAAAGCUCAGCCUCAAACCUUCAUUGUUUUAUGUUUUGGGGUGUAGGAUGAGGAGGAAGAUGACUCUGAGGAGGACAGUGAUGACGAUGACACUGCGGCUCUGCUGGCUGAACUGGAGAAAAUCAAGAAGGAGCGGGCUGAGGAGCAGGAACGCAAGGUAAGCUGCCAACGCAGCAACCCGAGUUGCUACAAGACAAUCAAUUGCUGCUAGGUCAGUCGCGCCAGUUGAGUCCAGCCAAAUACAAAUGGCUUUUUCAGGUGUUGCUUAGUAGGAGCAGAGAAUAGGGCUCUAUUGACUUGCUAAAUGAAUGGAUUGUUUUGUUUUGAUAUUAUCUCUGACAUUUUCAGACUUUAAAGGUCAUCUAAUGUAGAGAUGAGCAUCUGUUGUGUAGAUCCAGCCUAUUUCCCCUAUUCAUUUGGGAUUGAGGCAUUUAGCUACAGUUACAAAACAGAUUGUGGGGAAUGUGAAAUCAUUCUUGAUUUUGAUAACUUUUGAGGUCUGAACAUAUUGGACAUAAUUUGAUCAUGUGAACUGUAACAUUCUAACAUUUCAUAUAUGUUUUUGCAAAAAUAAUCAUUUGGCUGUGUUUAUGAAGGUCUUAGGUAACAAAUAACUUUCUUCUGAAACUCGUCAGUCUAUUCGCGUUCUGAGAAAUUAAGGCUAUUCCAUGCGAGAAAUUGCCAAGAAACAGAAGAUCUCGUACAACGCUGUGUACUACUCCCUUCACAGAACAGAGCAAACUGGCUCUUAACCAGAAUAGAAAGAGGAGUGGGAGGCCCCGGUGCACAACUGAGCAAGAGGACAAAUACAUUAGUGUCUAGUUUGAGAAACAGAUGCCUCACAGGUCCUCAACUGGCAGCUUCAUUAAAUAGUACCCACAAAACACCAGUCUCAACACCAACAGUGAAGAGGCGACUCCAUUAUGCUGACCUUCUAGGCAGAGUUGCAAAGAAAAAGCCAUAUCUCAGACUGGCCAUCUUCAUCUUUUCUUUUUAUUUGCAACUCCUCUUUCUGUUCUGGUUAGAGCCAGUUUGCGCUGUUCUGUGAAGGGAGUAGUACACAGCGUUGUACGAGAUCUUCAGUUUAUUGGCAAUUUCUCGCAUGGAAUAGCCUUAAUUUCUCAGAACAAAAAUAGACUGACGAGUUUCAGAAGAAAGUUUUUUGUUUCUGGCCAUUUUGAGCCUGUAAUCGAACCCACAAUUGCUGAUGCGCCAGAUACUCAACUAGUCUCAAGAAGGCCAGUUUUAUUGCUUCUUUAAUCCGCACAAAAGGGUUUUCUAAUGAUCAAUUAGCCUUUUUAAAAUGAUCAACUUGGAUUAGCAAACACAAUGUGCCAUUGGAACACAGGACUGAUGGUUGCUGAUAAUGGGCCUAUGUACACUAAUUUAGAUAUUCCAUAAAAAAAUAAGCCAUUUCCAGCUACAAUAGCCAUUUACAACAUUAACAAUGUCUACACUGUAUUUCUGAUCAAUUUGAUGUUAUUUUAAUGGACAUUUCUAAGUGACCCCAAACUUUUGAACGGUAGUGUGUAUAUAUUUCAAAUAACACUAGCAUUUUCAUUAGUUUAUGUAAAAACAAAAAAUCACCAAGAUUCAAGUGUUCAAUCAAUGUUAUUAGUGGAGUGCCUUUGUUACAGCUAUUAAACAGAAAGCAUGUGUUGAAACACGGUAAUAACUUAUUUUUAUAACCUAAAAAAAUACCCCAACCACCAAGUCAGCAAGACGCGCAAUCAAAAUGAUGAAAACAUCAGUAGUCUAUAAACAUCAUUAUAAGCGCAAAGUGUGCUUGAUAAAUAGUGAAAAUCGGCACAAAAGCAAUAAUGGCAUUAUAAUUAAUGUAAGUGUCGAUAUGAAAGCAGUCAAAAAAAUAUUAUUGUCUGCUUGUGCUUACGUGGUAUUCACGCAACGGCAUGAAUUGGCAUAUGUCCAUAUAAACAACGAAAGCUGGUGAGUGCGUUGCUGAUGUUUUUUGCUUAAUGUGUAGGGUCUGCGCUCUCAGUGAUUACAUUUUGUGCUGAUAAUCGGCCCGUAACAUUGUCACUGGCUUGUUCUAUCCAAACUGUGCCGUCCCUUCCUGUCUCACCGUUUCAUUUGGUGGUGGCGCGGGCACCUACUCAGUUUGCACCUUUCUGGCUUUUUUCGCGCGUAGGCCCGGGAGGUGUAGGUUCAGGCUGAGGCUGAGGCUCAGAAUCAGAAGAAUAAUCAUCAUCAGAGAUGUCAUGAUUCAUUUCUUCCUCACCAUCUGAGUCGUUUUCAUUCAGAUUUUGCAUCCAUCAGCAUAUGAAUCCAUUCGUCUUGGUCUUCUUGCCAUUGUAAAUGACGCACCCUCAGUGUGUAGCCUACUCCAAAUAGGCCAGGGUGGACUGAUAUAGGGCACAUACCAUUUAGAGAUAAGAAUUAGAACAGAUCAAUACAAUAGAAUGGCCAUUAUUGGCCCUGUUCUUCAUUCACAAUUGGUGAUUACAUAAUUAUGCAUCGUUUGCUGCCCCUCGCUCAUCAACACCCAUUAUCCCCCUUUCUCCCCCAUCACAUACUUUACUUCAUUUAUUUCAUCUGUUGUAUGUGUGAAAUUAGUUUCGGGGCAAUUAUCAAAUUGAUUAUCAACACAGCACGGCACCUUCAACUAUCAGGAGGAGCGGUGCAGGCCCUACUGUUGGGAGUGGGGGGGGGGAAACAUUAUAAAAAUGUGUGUUAUACAGACUUAUUUAGGAAAAAUCAAUGACGGGGGGCAUGACUUAAAAAAUGGCGGAGUAAUAAACAGUAAUAAUUAAUGAGCAGUCCAAAUGACUGCUUUAGCAGUUCUAGUGUUAAACAUGUUGACCUUUUUGUUGAUGAUUUGAGAUUAGUGUUUGCGAGAGAGCUUUGCACCUGGUCCGCUCUGACCAACAUGUUUCGUGUCCUGUGCCAGGAGCGGGAGCAGAAAGCAGAGGAGGAGAGGAUCCGCAUGGAAAACAUCCUUAGUGGGAAUCCUCUGCUCAACCUGGCUGGGCAGCAGCAACAACAACAACAGAUAGUCCCCACCCCGACUGCCUUCAGCGUCAAGAGAAGGUGUUGAGACACACACACACACACACACACAACUGCUUAGGGCAUGGCUGUGGAUGACUGUUGUUUUACAUCCUCUCCUGUCUCUUUAAGGUGGGACGAUGACGUCGUGUUCAAGAACUGUGCAAAGGGAGUGGAUGAGGCACGCAGGGAGAAACGCUUUGUCAACGACACUCUGCGCUCGGAGUUCCACAAGAAAUUCAUGGAGAAAUAUGUGAAGUAGGACUUGCAGCGCUGCUAUGAAGGUGUUUCAUUUCUCUCUGCUCUGUUCCCAGUUCUAAGGUAG